CCCCCCCCCCCCCCCCGCCGGUCCCGCCGACUUCCUGGCUGUGCUUCAGCGGUGGGUGACUGAAGAGAGUCUUCUAUGCAUCGUGGUGAUAGUAGUAAUGUGAAGUUUAAUGAGCACCUGCAAAGUCACGUAGCAGGAGCUGCCAUGACCUUGGGUGUCUUACGAGUGUCCCUACUGGUGCUUACGGCUAUUGUCAACCAUCCGCUCAUCUUCCCCAAGGAGAAUGGCACUGUCCCCGAGGACCCACAAGAAAUCACCCAGAAGAUGAAGGAGCGGGAGGAGAUCCUUCGGCUGGAACAGCUGCGCUUGGAGAAGGAAAUUGCGGAGCAGGAAGCCAUGCAGAGGGCUCUGGAAAAGGCUGUGAAGGUAGUGGAGGAAAGCGAAGAGGAGAAGGUCCGAUGGGAUAUGUGGACUGCCCUUUCCAUGGUCAUCUUCCUGCUGAUCGAGCUCUGGAGGCAGGAUUUCCAGGAAGGGAUUUGGCAGGACACAGGUGGAGAGGAGGAUGACAUGGCUGUCCUGGGGAAAGCAUUUAAAGGUAUGGCCUUCCCCGACAAGGCCGUCUUGGCCAGCUUCUACGAGAAGCGCAUCCUCGGUACCACCGGAGACAUGGCCAGGAUGCGGGAGAUGGUGGAAGGCUUUGCAGAUGACCUGCUGGAAGCCUUGAGGAGUGUGUGUAAUCGGGAUGCUGACAUGGAAGUGGAGGACUGCAUGGGCGUGGGGAGCAUGUAUGAGAACUGGAGAGUGCGUAAACCUUUUGUCUGUGACCUGAUAGUGCCUUUUGCCCCCCCCGAGCCAUACUGUUUUCGGUCCCAGACCUGGUGCUCUGGUGACUCUUUCCCCCCAGAUGAACAAGGUUAUGGCACUAUCAAGGUAUGCAGGGCAGAUGAGGCUGUGACAGGUUGUAUCUGUGACAAGACUAAACUAGGGGAGGAUAUGCUGUGCCUCCUCCAUAGCCAAGCCAAUAAUACCAGGCCCAGCAGUGAGAUGGAGGACCUCCUGUGCUUCAAAAAUACUCAGUAUCUGGAUGCCGACCAAGUCAUGAAGUGGUUCCAGAUUGCGGUCACCAAGGCCUGGAACAGAAUCUCCCACAAGUAUGAAUUUGACCUCUCCUUCAGCCUCCUGGACUCCCCAGGAGCCCUGAAGAUAAAAUUUAGGUCAGGGAAAUCGAUUGCCUUCAACCUCACCCCCGUGGUGCAGUACGAGAACUCCGAUGUUUACUUCAUCUCUCACUUCCCUCGGAGCAGCCUGGCAGCAGACCUCCCCUCCAGCACUCACUGGUUUCUCACCUUCGCCGUGUACGAGAGGAGGUUCAUCCAGCUGGUCUCCAAAACGCUGCCCGCCAAUGCCUGCCACCUCAGCUGCCUUCAGAUCCUCUCCUUCGUCCACGGGAAGCAGUGCAGCCUCACAGGUCCAAGCGGGCUCACCAACUACCACCUGAAGACGGUGAUGCUGCAUCUCCUGCAGGCACGGCCUAGUCAGGACUGGGCCCCGGAGAAGUUGGAGGCCCGUCUACAGGACAUGCUGAAAUUCCUGGAGAAAUGUCUGCAUGAGAAGAAGCUCUACCACUUCUUCAUUGGCAAUGGGAAGGUACCAGCAGAGCUGGGCUUCCCCAUCAUAUUCCAGAGAGCUGAGCCUCUCAACCUUUUCCGUCCCUUCGUGUUACAGAGGGACGUCUACAGGAAGACGGUGGAUACGUUCCACGAGAUGCUCAGGAACAUGACCGCGCUGAUAAACGAGUACACGGUGCACAUUCCACUUGCGCAGACCAACGGGAUCCAUAAGGAAUCCUUUUAACCAAAGCCAGCAGGAAAACACUCCUUCCUUUAAGCACAAGUCCAGAGGGCAGUUUCUGAAGCCUCCUCGAGACAACGGACUUUGCCAGUUCAGCUUCUCUUCUGCAGCUGAACCCACCCUGGGCCACGGUUUCUGCAGUAAGGGGGAGGGGGUGAGGGGAGGGGAGGACAGGGAGAAAUGAGAAGACGUGUUAUAAAAGUGAGUUUCUGCUCCGCUGGUGUGCUCUCUGUGUUUUAUGCAGCCAAGAAUAUAUUUUUCUAUUGUGCCUCAGUCACAUCACAGAGGUGGUGAGCAAAAAAUAGGACUAAUUUAAUGCAAACGGUGGUGGUGGCCAAAUACUUCAUUUCUUUUGGAAGGGGGAGGUAAAGGUGGAGGAGUCGGAGGCAGGAUCUUGGGAUGGCAGGGGCCUGUCUGCUUGUGGACAGCAGGAGCUCUGAGUCCCACCCAUGGGACGUGCAGCACCAGACUGGGUGCUGAGGUGGGGAGAAGGAUCGUGCACAAGGUCUGGACUGGAUGGAGAUCCUUAAAUCAACCACAGCUCUUUAAUCAAAAAGUAACUGGAGUUAUUUAAAAAAAAAAAAAAAGCCAUCUUGAUAGGAUGAUAGGACUUGCAGCAGGAGUUUAAAUGGCUUGUCCUGUCCUUCCAAAACACCCCUGCACCUCCCUUCUCCCUGGGGAGGACGGAGCAGAGGAGGCAGCAGGGUGUGUGUCUUCAUUCAAGUCUUCCAUUUCUUCAUGGUAACACAGCUGGCAAGUUUUUGGCCAUCAUUCCUGGCCGUUUUCUGUGGAUAAAUGCAAUAGGAUUAUUUUUUUUUACCUAAGAGUAAGAAGAAAACCAGCAUUGUUGGGUUCUGGCAUUGUGGUUUGUUUGUUUUCCUCACCUUGGGGCAGCAAGGCUGAGAGCAGCCCAGAGAGAAAGGACAGGUUUUGCUUUCCUAAAAGAAGGACUUCUCCAAAAUCAGGCUGUCAGGAGAAGGCUGUCAGCAGGCUGGUAGCAGGAGGGAACAAUCAGCCUCCAAAUGAGAGUGUGACUCUCCCAGCCUGGUUUUAACGAGGCCAAGGCCAGCAGGAUGGCUCUGAGUGAGGAGGAGGGGAUGGAUGAGGUGCACAUGUAGCAGAGGUCCACAUAGGGUCUCCUCAAUCCUUUAAAGAUUGCUGCUCUGAUGAAGCUCUCAGGAGCUGCUGCUAAUGGACCAUGAUUUGAAAUGAAAUAACAGCUUCUGCAGGGUUUCAGGCCAGGGGAGAAUCUCCAGGUACGUGCUAAAACCCCAGGGCAGGAACGGAGGUGCCUGAACUCCCUCAGGAAGCAGCGUGUCAGUGCCAGGCCAGGGGGCUGCCCAGCUCCGGCCGGCUGCCUUCGCUGGAGGAGAGGGCUCAGAAGCUCCUCACUCUCCUUCCUAUGCUUUGUGUGGGAUCCAAGCCCCAGCCUCAGCACCAACCUGCUCCGUGCUGGUCCCAGAGACCUGGCCCCAGUGCUAGGGGGCCUUACACCAGGAUUUCCUGCAGUGUUUUUACCCCAGGGCUCCUCUGAACCCUCUUUAGAAGGGGGUGGUUGUUCAGGGUGGUGAGACCCAUCAGGGAGGACGUUACCAUGACUCCAUAGAUGCCUUUUUAUCAGCCCUAUCACGUGCAUCAGAAGAUUUAAUGCUGUAUCACUCCCAGGGACAGCAUCCAGCACGAGCCCAUUGAUAAGCAAACUCUCCAUAGGUGUGUCUUCUCCUACCUUUUCCUAGUUGAAACCAUUUCACCACCUCCUUGAUGUCUGUCCCUCCACCACUGGGGGACAUUCCAUCCACAAAGGCAGAGGAAGCUGUGACUCCCAUUUCCACACCUGGUUUAUAAGAAAGCACAGGUGGGGACAGGGAAGUCCUUGCUCAAAUUGCUGCUGCCCUUGGCUUUUAUCAUCCCAGCUGUGGGGUGGUGACGUAGUAUUUCUGAGCAGAAAGUGAAGGGCAGGAAACCAAAGGGGAGAGAAGAAGCUGGCGGGUAACACCAGUAGAAAAGACUCCUGGAUCAUCAGCGGGCACCCUUGGCCAUGAGUGCCUGGGAGGCUGCCAGAGCAAGCAGCCAGGACUAAUUGCUACCGCUAACGACUUCUUCUUGUAAGGCCCCCCGGCUUUCAUUAGUACAACCAAGCAAAGCCUUCCCUGGUAGGAAGGAGGGGACAGGAGAAGCAGGUGGUGACAAGCAGAGGUGGAGGGAGGGCGGGUGGAUGCUGGAGCCCAGAGGCUCUGUCAGAAGCCGUGUCAGUCAUUUGUGAACCCAUUUCCAGCUGCCCGGGUUCAGCCCGGUGCCUGCAGCAGCUCCAGCCCUGCAGGGGCUCUCGCAGCCCAGGUCAGGCUGAAGCAGGUUGUGGUCAGAGCUGCUUCUAAAUGUGUUCCCAGCCCAGCCAGAGAGAAACAAAAAAAAAUAAUAAUUCUCUGCCAUUUCCUGUCAGGGGUCUAAAUUUAGACUGUCCAAAGAACAGAAACAAAUUUGUGACCCAGGUCUCUCAGGAAAUGACAUUCAGGGUUGAAAAAUAACUUUUCUAUAAGGUUGAGGGAGGGGAGGAUGAGGAGAAAAGGCAGGCGAAUAGAAUCAGGUAACUCCCCUGGUAAAAUGUGAGAAGAAAGCUGUGUAAGGCCAGUCCUACGGGCUCCUGAACAUGCCUGAGCCCGUCUUUACACAGCUCCCAGCGCUGCUGCUCAGACUCAAAGGGAACCCAAACUGAUAAAUGGAUUGAAUCUUUUGUUCUUCCUUUUCUGUAUUUGCGUGUCUGUUCUCUCCUAAGCCCAAGCUGCCCCUCAGGGGGUUUGCUGAACCCGAGCUGGAGCCAAACCAAGGAAUUUAGGGAUUUGAUUCUCCUGAAAGCAAAUUGCUUGGCUUAAUUUUCCUACGUGUCAUAUGCUCGUUUUGCCCUGGGCACCUUUUCAGAGGCCUGUUCUGUGCGUGGAGGCUGGGGGGGAAAACCCACUCCUACCUGUCUGGGGGGAAAAAGAGCUCUGUGAUUCUAAGCUGGGCUCCAGGAAGCCUCAGGGCAGGGAUCUCUGUAAAACCAGUACAUAGACCAGAGCUGUACCCGUGUCCCACCAGAGGAGAUGUGGCCACACAGCGUUUCUCUGGGUCAGACCUUUGUGAUGGUACAGAGGAAGCCACGAUGUGAAGCACAUCAUUCCUUGGACUGCAUUAAAUCUGUGCCCAUCACUAAAAGGCCGCCCUAAAACAGGUUUAUAAGAGGGUUCAGGUUUAUCAGCUGUCAGCCAAAAAAAAGGUCCCAUGGUUUUUUAGUGCCACCCAUGUUCAGCUGUGCCUUGGUUGGAGUCUGGCCGGGCAUCCGUAGGAAGCAGCUUUAAAGGGCGGGGGUGGAAGUGGAGUUUUGUGGCUUAAAGUGAGUAACGUUCUUUUAAAAACCAACCAGCACAUGAAACGUGAGUAACAGACACACAACAUCCCUUUGGUAUCUCCGUGAGAGAGCCCAGGGAAGGGUGAGCUCCUGUCCCACACCUCCCUCUGGUCUCUCAGGCCUUCUCUUGCCAUUUGCUCACCAGGUGAGUGGAACAGCUGAGCUCCUCUUGCCUCUUGCUGCUUUCCAACCACUCCCUCCACCCUCAGCUUGUGGUUUUCAUAUUUUAUUAUAGGUUCUGUCAAAGCAAUGGAAUUAGUGGUGGCUUGAUAGCAGCCACUGAUCUACAACGUAGCCUCAGGAGGCGUUUGCCUUUAGAAGAAGUCUUGGUCUAAGGUUAUUAUUGUUGCUCAGGAGCUGAAUGUCUUCUAAAGGGAGCUGUUGGGAGUUCAACCACAGAAUAUGGCUUCUCUCUCUCCGAGCUGCUCUGUUCACAGGUCUUACGUGGGUAUAAAGAUGUAUUUCAGCAAACAGAUAAAAAGCUUUAUCCAGAAUUCAAGCAGCAGGGUUUGGUGCUCAUUCACCAGACGUUUUCAAGGCAAAGCCUUGGCCACUUUUUCUCUGUGGUGAAGUAGAGACUUUACCCGCCGGUGACAGCUGGGCUGCUGCUCAGUGGGGGCGUAGCUCUCACAGGAUCCUACACAGUAAAGAGCUUUAUUUAUUAUGUGUCUUUUGUUUAGGAUCGGGGGUGUGUGUGUAAUAUUUUAGCUCAGAAGCAAAAUGGUUGUAUGAAGAGAUCAGUCUUGGCAACGCAGCUGAGCUGAUGGGCAGUAACACUGAAACUCUCCAAACUAAGGUCUUCCUCCAUUGACGAUGCUGUACUCAAACCGCUGCUUUUGGAGCAGGACACUGUUCAAUUUGUACAGAACUUCUCAUGCAGCUUUAUUUAUAAUAA